CAUAUGUCGUUUGUAGGAUAAUCCAUAGUAUUAUGUCUAUGGGUUAUUAGCUCCUUCAAAACAUUUACGUUUUCAGUUUAUUCAAAUAACGAACUGGUGUGCUGUUGUUGAUUGUGAUAUCCAGUGUAUCAUGUUGAUGAAAUUGUUGAUAUUUUUUAUAAACUCCCUGUUAGUAACAGGUGGCUUUGACGGAGAGUCUUGCCAAACUUUUGCCGGUGGUAGUGUGUACCCCCACACAGCUAAUCCGGGACAAUCGGAUCACAAAUUGCAAUUUACGAAAGCUGUUAUAUCAAAAUCGGCGCCAUUCUGGGAAAGCACAGCAGUUUUCCAGGGAAAAUUUAUACAGCUCAAAUCAACUGACUACUUAGGAAAAUAUCUGGUUUUCUUUUUUUACCCACUAGACUUCACCUUCGUCUGUCCAACGGAAAUAUUGGCCUUCAGUGAUAGAAUUGAAGAGUUUAAAAAAAUAAACACUGAAGUUGUUGCAUGUUCCGUCGAUUCACAUUUCACUCACUUAGCGUGGAUCAAUACUCCAAGGAAAGAAGGCGGCUUAGGAAGUGUCAAUUUCCCCCUGUUAUCCGAUUUGAAUCACAGCAUAUCGAAGGACUAUGGGGUUUUCUUGGAUGAUCUUGGGCACACUCUCAGAGGACUAUUCAUAAUCGAUCCCAAAGGAAUAGUACGUCAAAUCACAAUGAAUGACUUGCCUGUGGGUAGAAGCGUCGACGAAACCCUUCGAUUGGUUCAAGCGUUCCAAUACACAGACAAGCACGGAGAAGUGUGUCCGGCUGGUUGGAAACCUGGACAAGAUACGAUAAUUCCUAAUCCUGUGGAAAAGAAGAAGUACUUCGAAAAACAUUGAGAUUGGCAAUUCUCAACACAGAAUAAUUUUUCGACAUGAACAAUUUUUUCAUUGGCUCUCACUAAGAAAACAGAUUUAUAUUUUUCAACUACAUCACAUGUUUUGUUAAAUAAAAGUUUUUGAUACA